AUGCGAGUGUUGGCUGUGGCGGCGCUGCUGGCGGCGGCGGCGGCGUGUAGCGACUCCAGCCUCGGAGAACUGGCAGACCUCGAGUCGGCGAGCGACGGCGUGCGACACCGGAUACUGUCGCGCCGGCGCCGCUACCUCGUCUACCCGGAAGGCAGCUCCCUGCAGCUGGUGUACUGUCUGACGGUGCCCACGAUCGUCCCGGUGCCCUUCUUCAAGUUUGGCUGGACGCUGGGCCUGGCGUGGGAGCUGCCCAGCGACGGCAAGCAGAUCGUGGAGUACAAGAAGAAGCUGCGCCAGGCGCUCCGGAAGCCCACGACGGAGCCGCCGCCCCCUCCACCGCCGGACCACCACGACGACGACCACCACCCGGACGGGUAUCCGGGGUUCGACGCGUACAGCCACCACUUCGGCUACGACCACAUGCACCAGGGCGAGGUGCUCAUGCACCGCAGAGACCGUAGGACGCUCUACGCCAAGGCAGAAGGCGCUUUCAGCAGCCUCGGCGUGGACGGCCGUUCGUGUGUGUACCGCUUCCUGUGCGAGGCGGAGCAGCGGGUCGCCGGCACAGGCACGUUCCUGCAGGAGAUUCUCAGGGUGAUUUUCACGCUGCCGGAGGCUCGCGGGCGGGACCUGGACAACGCCGACCUGCGACACUACGACGAGGCACACCGACGCCGGCGCCGCGACGCCGCCGCCGCCGCCGACGCCGACGCCGACGCCGGAGCCGACGCCCGGGACUGCGACCUCCUCUACCCGGAGUGCGACAUCGACUCCAUCUUCGACUACCAGCUGCCCCUCGACUAAUGCGACCAGUGUCCGUUCUCUCAGCUGCCACAUCCUCUCUGGAAUCGAUCAUCAGUCAGCUCGUGAAGCCGUAAUAGUGGGGCGGCACCCACUGAUCACUCAUUUGCUGUCUACACCCCUUUGUCUAUAUAUAAUAGCUGUGGCCUUCCCGAGCAAUUUCACACGUGCGCUAUACACGCCUCCUCAUCUAUGUACGAUAACUCUGCCCCUUCCCUCCAAUUACAGAGUAGGCAAAAUGAUCAUUUCAUGCACAUUGAGAUAGGCGACCCAACAUACAUCUCCUCCCCUGGGUGGGGAUGAUGUAAGUUUCUUUGGCUGUCUCAACGAGCACUUUCUGGACCAGUUUCAUUUUUCUCAUCACGUCUGUCCACGCUUUGGCUGCGUGCAGAAGCACUUCUUAUGCUCGUAAUUCCCCCUGGGAACUGUCUCUGCUGCAGCAGUAUUCAUAUGUUGUGUCUUCAUAACAUUUGUAGAUGAGAUAGCUAAGGCACGCCAGUACAGACGAGCCCAACCCGGCGGAAGCACGUUCCAGUCCUUUGGGUUGAGAGCCAUUAAAGUGCAGCUCUUGAUCACUAAGCUGCCUCAAACGACAAACCACUCCCCAGUGUCCUUCAUGGUGACCGUAUUUUACUCGAUCGGUAGCGAUCUCUCCAAGAACAGGUGCGAGAUCGGUGCAGCAGUAUGGCAGUUGGCUUUGCAGUGUUAUCGAAUUACACACUCUCACUUCUCUUUCGCAGUUACGAACAACAGGCACUCUAACGCAUCUGAGAAGUCUCACUGCUGACCAGUUCGGACGGUGGGAUUUACUGACUGAGAAAAGCCGUAAUUGUUUAGGUACGAAGCAUACCAUGUCAAAACAUUAUUGUCGUAAACUGAAAAACUUAUAAAAGAUCUAACGGGUACGAGUGUAGACAUUUCUAUUUGUGAGUGACAACAGUGUACUGAAUGCAAUAUUUUCGUCAUUUCCAUACUACUAAUUGUAGCCUUUAGGUGUAGUAACUACUUAGGUUGGUUAGUACCUCCAGAUAUGUAUGACAAGAGCAAGUUAUUAAUACUAAUUUUCCUCUGGGUAGCAGGCCAGGUGAUGACGUGUGGACGCUUGGACGCAGAAGUGUUUAUCUAUACUGCUCGCUGUAGUCCACUUAGUAGCGCAGUAUGACCAUGCAGAAAAAAAUCAGGUUAUGAAGUUCGUGUCGUGUUUCUUCAUAGACUGUUCGACACAGAAAUAAAAACAGUACUUUGAUGUUGAGCAUAUUAAGGUACCAAACAUAAAGGUAUCUGCACUAAAUGUAUCUGCCCUUAUACCCAUUGCACCAAUUAUGUUCCACUAACGCCAAUUACCAAUGUAGACGAGAAUAACUAAGGAUUCCCUUAUACCGUUUUUCAUUAUCAUUCAGUACACAAACAUCUGAGACCCUUCGCACCUGUAGCAGAGUGUGUCUCAAUGACUUCUAGCUAUAACACAAAACCGCACACAGUGUUAAAGUCUGUAGAAAAAAAUAACUUUUUAGUAAAUAUUUAUUCUGAUUUUCAGCACUGAGCCCCGCUUGCAGACGUUCUACGCCAAUCCCUCUCGACACGUUUUCCUCAAUUUUUACAACUCAGUUAGUUAGUUUCCAUUUCUGCCAGCAGUAAUGAUUCGUCCCAUUAGUUCAAUAGGCAAACAUCACGCAGGAUUUUGCAGUAAAUCACCACACUAACAAUUCGCGAUGGAAUCGUACCAGCGCGUUCCAAGGAAGAAGUACUAUAAGGUAGCUGAAUCCAACACUCCCUAUCUUUCAACAAAAAUACCUUACGUUUUACUUUCAUGUCAUGUACUUCAGUGUGUAUGCUUCGUAAACGCGAGCUUCACGUAAACUGACAUCUGCAACACUAACGCUCGAUGAGAACCACUCCUCCCUCUAUUAUUGUGACACAUUAACGAAACGUAUUUUUAAGAGAGAACCGUACGUGUCGAUGUGACAUCAAAACGACCUCUGACCUGCAACUAUGCCUGUUAUCACGCUGUUUGCUUAUUAUUUCAGCAUUUUACUGCGUUGGCCGCGAUACACGAAUGUUCGGCCUCAAAGUGAUUUUGCUCACUUACCCUCCGAUAAUAAACAAAAAGCGUGGGAAAUAUUGCAGUGUUGUAAAACGUCAGUUAGGGCAGGAGCGGAGGAGAGACACAGUAUUCGCGAAAAAAUUCCAGACAGAGACCGAAACACAGAGCGUAGUGAAAUGAUUCAUCAACUGUGAAGAUAAAUGGAGACUUGAACCUCUCACAACCGUUUCACUGAAUAGGAAUAACACCAGUUGCCAAACUCAUAACUAAGAAACUAUUAUUUAAAAAUGCAAUCUACAGCUGUAUUUAACAAAUAAUGUGGCACAAUA